UUAGUUUAUGUAAAACAAAUAUAAGUAGUAUACAACAUCAAUUCGUUUUGAAUUUUAUCGUUUUGAGAAAAAGAAACCGAUGGCAUUAUGACUGCAUUACGCGAAUUCACUUUUGAUGAUCUCUUUAAGUUUAACAGAAUUGUUUUUGAUCCCCUCACCGAAGUCUACUCGAUCUCAUUCUUCAUGGAUAAGAUACUUGAAUUUCCAAUGCUGGCUACAGUUGCAGUUGCCCCCAACGAGCAGUUGGUGGGAUUUAUUUUGGGUUCCCGUAACAUUAUGGCCGAAUUAGUUGGCGAUGGAAAGAACUUGGAUCUGAUUAGCAGCCAUGGCCACGUCAGCGUCCUGUCCAUUGACCUUGAGUUUCGACGCUUGGGCCUGGGCUCCCUUUUGAUGGAGCGCCUGCAUGCCAGCCUGGAUCGACAGCGGGAUUGGUAUGUAUGUCUGUAUGUGCGCAGCAAGAAUCAAGGAGCUAUAAGGUUCUAUCAGCUGUUGGGCUAUGUAAAGUAUCGCUGGCUUCCUCAUUUCUAUGGCGAUGAUAGCGGCUAUGAGAUGCGCUUGCCAAUGCCGCGGGACGUUGAGCGUAUUUGCCUGAAGGAGAAGGAUAAUAUGGUGGACGGAUUUUAUAGUGCUGGUCAGCAGCUAGUGAAACUGAUAAUGAAGUUUCUGCUCAAUUUCCCGAUUUUAGCAUGACUUGUCUACGCGAGAUGCAUCUCGACGAUCUUUUUAAAUUUAAUGCGUUGGUUUUUGAUCCUUUCACGGAGGUCUAUCGUCUCAGCUUCUUCCUGCGUCAUCUGGCCCA